AUGGAGACCACGCUCACCCAUCGUCCGUGGGAGCCUACCACGACGGGGCCUCAAAACGCUCCGAUGACCUCGGCGCAGACGCUCCCCUCGAUAUCCACUCUCACGGCGAGUAUGUCCAGCAAUAUCACCCUUCCCGCAGAGAAGUCACCCGGGAACGCUUCAUUGAACACAAUAGAGCGGGACUCGGGUAAUUGGUCGAUGCCACAGAGCAAAAGAUCCUCCACCUACUCCACGGCGACCAACGGGACCGGCAACUAUCCUUCUCUCUCCUUCCUUACCUCCUCCCAACCUUCUCCCAAUCGAGGCUCAGUCUCCGACCGGUCUCCCUACCCCAAUGACCACUCCAAUGCAAACACACCCUCCUCCGCCGGCGCUCAUCCGUCGCCCAACUUCGCCUCUCAACCCAACCCAGCACUUCCCUCCAUCAAUCAGAAUUUCGACGCCCCGUCUCAACGUGGUAGCAUUGCAGAGCCAGCUGAAUCGCGGCGCAGCAGUAUCGAUAGCAGGAUGAACCAGGGGAUCAGCUCGCUAGCUAUCAACCCCACAUCGCCUUAUCACAGCACGAACGCCUCGCAGACGUCGAUCGUGUCCGGGUUGCAGAGGGAGCGGGGAAUCUCCAUGGAUGUGAACAUGAAUAGUGCGUACCGAGGCCCUCGCUACUCUGGGGGGCAGCCUCUCUCGCCGCUAGGCCCGCGAGCCGGCGAGCACCGUGGGUUUGCGGCUGGCCGCACUGCUCCCGCCAUCUCAUCGAAUCCACGCUCUGAGAUCUAUAACGCGGAGGCGCCCACGGCCGGUCUUGCCUACGCGUUUCCCGAUCCGGAUGUAGCACGGUCUAAUUCGAUCUCGUCGACUAACGACAAAGCUCCGCAUCCAUUCUCGAGAAAAGGAAGCACUGCUGAUUCGCUAGCCAGUAGUAUAUAUUCAGACUCACGCUUGCCGCGUGGACAGCAUGAACUUCCGCAGAAUGUGCAUCAUCAUCCCCUGCAGCAUAAGCAGGUUACUAAUCUCCUCGGAGAACCCGAGCCACCCUCCAAUAGUACCCCGUACAGUCGCACACCGGAGCUCCGAGUGACUCACAAGUUGGCGGAGCGCAAACGGCGAAGCGAGAUGAAGGAUUGCUUCGAGGCAUUGCGCAUGCGACUUCCUCAGAGCCAGAACAACAAGUCCAGUAAAUGGGAGACUCUGACAAGAGCCAUUGAAUAUAUCGGACAGCUGGAAAAGAUGUUGAGCAAUGCCCGGCGCGAGAAUGAUGUUUUGAGAAAUGAGCUCGAGGAGAUGCGCUCUCAGCUCAGCCAACAGCAAGCUCCAGGGCAAUCUCGGCCCCCGUCAAUAUUCGAGCAUCAUCCGAUGGGCGGUCCGCAGGCCAACGGACAGGCCCAUGGCCCGGUCUUUUCCAAUUACCACCCUCCCGCCUCUACUAUGGUGCAAGAUCAACCUCGUACCUUACCUCCACUUGUGAAUGGAUCCAUGGCCCCAAUGCAGGGUGUGCAAUAUACGGAUGAACGACGGUAA